AUGCUCCGCGACCCGUUCGAGCACGCCGCACUGGUUCAGCGGAUCCAGAGCGAGUGCUUCGCGGAGGACAUCGAGCCACCCGCCGACUCUCUCGGGUGGACUGAGGAGGAGCUGCACGCCUUCUUUGAGUCGGGCGGCGACGAACUCCCGCUCCGCUUUGCAGAGACGCCCGGUGUACCCGUGCGCAUCAUUCCGGCCGGGAUGCGCGCGCGGGUCUUUGUGAUAUCGGACAUGCACUGCGACCAUCCGCAGAAUUUUGGCUGGAUCCAGCAGCGACUGCCUGCGAGCAGCUCCGGCUGCUUUGACGUGUGCGUCUGCUGCGGCGACGUCUCGGACAACCUGGGCGUGCUGCGCCAGGCGCUCGGCGUGCUGCGCGCGCGCUUUGACGAAGUCUUCUUCACGCCGGGCAACCACGAGUUGUGGGUGCGCAAGGAGCCGCCGGGAACCACGUCGCUCGACAGGAUCGAGACGGUGCGGCGGCUGUGCCAGGAGAAGCGGGUGCGG